AUGGCCGCCGAAGACCCAGGCUCUACGAAGGAAGCCCGCGCAGCUGAUGACUGGGGCCACCUCCCCGCCCCGAGCGAACGAUGGCGCGAGUCGCUAGGUCUGGUGAGCAGGUUGACAAUUCAAGGCCCCUUGCUCGCCAAGACGUUACUCUUGCUGUGGUCUGUGUGCCGACCAAACACAGCCCUCUUCCCCAACGUUACAGAGCGGCGCAUCUGCGACAGCGCGCAGGGGCGCGCAAUCGGAAGACGCUUGGAUGACUAUGAGCAAUGCGACAUUGAUCCGCGUCACGGGGUGCUCCUCUUCAACUCACCGGGCUGCUGCAGCGGAGGUCUCUCUUCUGAUCCUGCCCUCCUGCACCUGCCAUCGGCCGGCUUCAAAGACAUCACCUUACACUCCGGUGUUCCCUUCGUGUCUACGCUACCCAAAGCUUGGGACAGCUGUACCGUUUACGAGACCCGUCCGGAUGAGGUGCUCGACGCCCUGCGCAGGGACAGCCGGUCUGACCAGCCAACAGAUCUGGAGACUGCUGCGGAGAGAUUGCGCGGACUCGACCUGUGCGGUAGUGCGAGGGAAGGGGGGCUCGACAUCGGCGGUGUCCCUGAGCUGCUGUACUGGGGGGAAGUGAGGUACUGCAUUCCGGACCGACUGUACGAGAGCAACGAGGAGGACUGGGAGGAAUACUCGGAAGAGUUCGGGGAGGAGUUGCGAGAACGUUUUCAGAUCCUCAUCAAGGACUGGAGGAGGAUUGCUGAGCUUGUGCAGUGUGAUGAUGAUCUCGAGCUUGUGUGGGAUGGGAAGGAACGGGACCGUGCAGCGUGCGUGACUGUAAUGAGUAAUGGACCCGGAUAUCAGCAGGUGAUCCACUAG